AUGUUGCCAUGUUUCACACGGAAGCCGGUGGAUCAUCCACUUGGGUUUCUCGUGGCGUUGUCAGGUCUGCUCAUGCAGCUGAUGUCGUACGGCAUCGACAACAGUUACUCCAUCUUCUCUGACGACAUGCAUAAAGACCCCUCGCUUGGCUACCCGUCUGUCACGACCAUCAGCCUCGGCAACUCCGUCUCAUUGGGCCUCUCGCCGGCAUUCGGUGUGCUGUGCGGGUUUCUCGUUGACCGGGUACCGCCGCGCCUUAUGAUGGCUGUCUCCACGUUGAUGCUCUUUGCUGGCCUCUGGCUUAGCUCCACCUUCGCCCAUAACGUCACCGCCGUGACAUUCUCGUACUGCCUGUUGGCAUCCAUCUCGUCCGCAUGUAUGUUGUCGCCGGGUGCCGCCGCCACGAGCUCGUGGUUCAACCGCUACCAGGGACUUGCCAUGGGCAUCAACUUCUCCGGCGGUGGUGUCGGAAGUGCAAUCAUCCCUUCUUUGGCUGGUAAGUGGGUUGUGGCGUACGGCUGGCGCAAAACCUUCCGACUCAUGUCUGCCUUUUGCGCCAUUGGUGUUGUGGCAACGUUGCUUUCAGCGAGGCGAGCCCCGCCCAAGAAGGAGGAAGCAGGGCCCAGUGAAUACGACGAGGGACAAGAACGGCAGGAGCAGGGCGAGGAGGAGCAAGCCCACACAGACGAGGAAAACAGAAACAACAACAACAGCAACGGUGAGACGACACCCGCGCGACGCGGCCUGCACACACACAAGUUAAAUCCAUGGGAGCUCUUUUUAACUAUGUUCUCGCGGGCCUUUUUGGGAAACUUUUUCUGCUGGUUAAUCUUCAGCUGGGCCUUCUACUCAUUGAUUUAUGUGGCUGUGCCCUAUGUGUCGUCUAUGGGAAAGGCCGGUACCGUGUACGCAGACAUAUCGCCAAUCCCAACGGACAUUGCAUCCACUCUUUUUACGUUUUACGGCGUGUUUCAAAUCGUUGGCUCUAUUCUCGUUGGUUGGCUUGCGACAGGUACCACGAAUGAGUUUGCGUACGUCUUAUGCGCCACAAUUGGGGGUAUUUUUUGUGCCUUUUUGGGUUUUUGCCGCAGUUACGUUGCCUUUGCCCUCCUUCUUUGCGUGAUUGGUUUCUGCAUGGCAGGGAUGUUUGCCGUCAUGCCAGCGCUUAUUGCGGAGCGGUUGUAUGGACCAAAUCUCGGUUUUUACAUGGGCGCCGUCUUUCUCGCCGGCGUCGUCGGAGGCUUUUCCGCACCGCCUAUUCAGGCCGAACUACAACAGCGUCACUACGGCAAUUACACCUACGUUUGUGUUUUCAUGAGCGCCUGCAUGACACUGGCGGCCGCCGUCUGCUACAUCACAAUGUGGAGGGACAAGAGAGUUCGCAUCGUGAGCGCCGCAGCAGAAGCAAAACUUGCGUAA